CCGCCUUCCUCCCACCGCGUGUCGCCAUGGCAGCCGCAGGCAGCCCACUAGCACGGCUGGCGCUACUUCUGCUCGUCGCAGCCGCCGUCGCGGCCCUCGACGCUGCGGACCAGCCGGCACCAGAAGGGGAUUCAUUUGAAAUAGCAGCAGAAGUUGGCCCAGCAGAAAAACGGGACAAAAGAACCGUUUUGCUUGGAGCUGGCCUCGGUUUUGGGAAAGGACUUUUACUUGGUAAAGCUGCUGGUUUUGCCCUUGGGAGUACAUUGAGAGGUGGCUAUGGAGGUUACUAUGGAGGUGGUCAUGGCUACUACGGAGGUGGCUAUGGACACAGAUAUAACUAUUAUCCAUCUGGUGGUUAUGGACACAGAUAUAACUACUAUCCAGAUGAAGGAUAUGGUCACAGAUAUAACUAUUAUCCCCAUCACAACUAUGGUGGAGGUUAUUAUCCAGGAGGUGGGUAUGGUGGAGGCUAUGGUGGAGGCUAUGGUGGAUCACACAGCCAGUCCUCAAGUGCUAGCUUCUCUGCAGGCAUUGGGCCAUACACUGGAAGCUUCUCUGCCAGCCAGUCAUCUGCAGGAGGAUAUGGGUAUGGAAAAAAAUGAACAUUUGGCCUGGAUCCACAAAGUAUUUGGGAGAUGAGGGAUACCUGCACUAAAAUUACAUGUGAUGUUUGUGUAACAGUCUCAUCACUUGUCAUUUUUGGGCAAAAUAUAUAAUGACAUUUAUGUCACUGCCAGUAUUAUUUAAUGUGUCAUAUACUGUACUUUAGAAUCUAACAGCCAAAAAUAAAAUUUUGAUAUUAUAAAAA